CUUCGCCCCACCGCCAGAACUCGCGGCGACCACGAUCUAUAAAACCAUACAGCCGGACAAUUGACAUCAAUCUACAUUUGUACGUUCAACAACUAAACAUGUUCAGCAAAAUCGUAGCCAUCAGCGCCCUCCUGGCCGCGGCCAACGCUGGUCUCUUAGGCCACGGACACGCCGUCUCUUCCCAAAGCAUCGUCCGCCACGAUGAGGCCGUUGUACACGGUGCUCCCGCCGCACACUACGCCGCUCCUGUAGCGCACUACGCCGCCGCCCCUGUCGCCCACUACGCCGCUCCCGUUGCCCACUACGCCGCCCCCGCUGCCCACUACGCUGCCCCUGUCGCCCACUACGACGCUCACCCUAAAUACGACUUCGCCUACUCCGUGGCCGACCCCCACACCGGCGAUCACAAGUCCCAGCACGAGAGCCGCGACGGAGACGCCGUGCACGGCUCCUACUCCCUGGUGCAGCCCGACGGCUCCGUGCGCAAGGUCGACUACUCCGCUGAUGCCCACAACGGUUUCAACGCCGUCGUACACAACUCCGCUCCCGCUGUACACCCCGCCCCCGCUGUGCACGUCGCCCCUGUUGUCCACGCCGCCCCCGCUGUACACGCUCUCCCCAUCGUGCACGCUGCCUCCGCCCAUGGCUACCAUCAUUACACAACAACUAGUUAUCUUGAGAAUAACCAACCAUCAAACAAAAUGUUCAGCAAAAUCUUUGCCUUCGGAGCUGCUUUCCUGGCCGCCGCUAGCGGCAGCCCAUACGGUCACGCCGUAUCUUCGCAAAGCAUCGUCCGCCACGACGGAUACGCGCCCUAUGCUCACCAUGGCGCAUACGGUGCAGUGGGAUACGGCGCGGGCUACGGCGCGGGAUACGGUGCGAGAUACGGAGCAGUGGGAUACGGAGCGGGAUAUGCCGCGCCCCUCGCUUACGCCGCUCCUGUAGCGUAUGCCGGACACUACGACGGCCACGAUGAAUACGCACACCCCAAAUACGACUUCGCGUACUCCGUGGCUGACCCCCACACCGGCGACCACAAGUCCCAGCACGAGAGCCGCGACGGAGACGCCGUGCACGGCUCCUACUCCCUGGUGCAGCCCGAUGGCUCCGUGCGCAAGGUCGACUACUCCGCUGACGAUCACCAUGGUUUCAACGCUGUGGUACACAACUCUGCCCCUUCCGUGCACCCCUACAACCACUAUUAUUAGAAACCUUCAAGGAUUGAUCGAUAAAUGUUCGACGCUUGCCAAAUAUGUAAAUAAUGCAAUAAACUAUUUAUACCAUUA